AAUAAAGCAUUGAUUACUUUGAUGAAUGCCCAACCAACAUGAUCAUGUUAGUCAACAUACCACUAUCUCCAAUAAAGCAAAUUAAAGAAAGGAAAAAGAAAGAAGAACAAAGAAAAAGGAAAGAAAAGGAAAACAGAACCCACAAGAAAAAAACAAGAAACACCAAUCUAAGCAUUCUCCAAAUUCUUUGUUUUUGCCAUCUGCUUUCCUUCUAAGCUGCUUUGGUCUGUUCCCCUUUUUCACCUUCUUCUUCUACUAAACAAUACCCUUCAAAGCCACACUUCAAUCAUUCGCGCCCUUUACUUCCUUCUAUCUGAUAUUAAUAUAACCACUAAGCUCAGGUAAAUUCUUCUCAUUCCCCUGUUUUCUCCCUUCUUUUCUAAUUAGAUUCAUUGGUCUUGUUACUAUAUUCAUAAUAUUUUGUAUUGUUACUACUUGUCGUCAUUGCUUCUUCUCAUUUUUUCUUUAGUCAAGUGUAUAUGGUCUUUCAAAGUUAAGGGUAAGGCUGCGUACAUCCCUCUCCCCGAACCCUAAGUAUAAUUGUGGGAAUACACUGCGGUUGUUGUUAGUUGGUCUUGUUAGUUGAGAUAGGAGAGUAACCUCUUUUGGGCUACACCAUUAUUAUUUUAUUUUUCUGCAGUCCCAUGUAUAGUAAGAGUCUUUCCAACGACGAGCAGUUGGUGCCCGUAAGUAAUCCAAGAACUUGGGUACCUUAUAUGAGUACUAGGGACUGUUCUCAAGGAUUUUGCAGUUUAUACUGCCCACAAUGGUGUUACAUAAUCUUCCCUCCACCACCUCCAUUUGAAUUCCCUGAUGAUGAUUCUAGUCCUAAUUUCUCCCCUCUAGUUAUCGCGAUCAUUGGAAUUUUAGCCAGUGCUUUCCUAUUAGUCAGUUAUUAUGCCAUAAUAUCAAAAUAUUGUGAGAAUAGGAAUGUUACAAGAAGGGAAAAUAAUGAAGAAGAUUCAGAAUUAGAAGAUCAAGAUCAUGACCCUUCGAAUCACGAACCAUGGCAUGCGAGUACAGGUGGUUUAGAUGAAGCUGUAAUCAAGUCUAUUACUGUGUUUAAGUACAAGAAAGGUGAUGGAUUAUUGACUGAAGGGACAGAUUGUUCUGUUUGUUUAAGUGAAUUUCAAGAAGAUGAAAGCCUUAGACUUUUGCCAAAAUGUAGCCAUGCUUUUCAUGUAACGUGCAUUGAUACAUGGCUUAAAUCUCACUCCAAUUGCCCUUUAUGUCGAGCUAAUAUCAUCUUUCCAAAUGCUUCACCUCCUCCAAUCAUGGAAAUUAUUCCUCUAGCAAAUGAACCAACUCCACAAGUCCAACCUGAAAAUGAUAUUGAAAUGGGCAUUAGAGAAGAAGAAUCACAAGAAGAAGAUGUAACGAACCAUAUAAAUCAAGAAGUUAGGAGAUCAGUGUCAAUGGACUAUGAAUCACAAGGUCGUUUAUCGAUAGCUGAUGUACUAAGAAUUGAUCACGACGAAUUCGAAGAUUGUCAGUUGCAAAGAGAUGUUGGAACAUCAAAAUUACAAGACAAUAAUGGUGAAGAAAUGAGUAGGAAUGGGAUUAGAAACAAUGCACUUAUACAUUGUGUGACAAGUCCUAUGGUGAUUAAGAGAUCAUUAUCCAGUGGGAGAUUAUUGUUUCCCAAACGUGGGAGAGGACAAAACAUUGACAUUCCUUUGUCAAAUAUUUGAUUAUUUUUGUGUCAAGAUUUAGGAGGAUUUUUCUAUGCCUUUAAACAAGUUAAGAGUCAGCAAACAUGAGUUUGAAAGGUCUUUUUCUCUUAGAAAUUGAGCUUUUCUGUUCUUUAGUU